GCAUGGCGUCGACCAUUGUACAAGAGCCCCCCGGGCCCCCCGCGGAAAAGGCCGAGCAAUGGUCAGGAAGGACUACGCAGAAGUCCAUUUUCCUCGGUUGUCCGCAGCGUCUCAGUGCCAGAGCAAGCCGGCCAAAAAAAACGAAAGGCAGGAAAUUCAUCAACCCUUUUUUCACAAAGCAGCAAACAACCCCCCUUUGAGAAACCGCAAUCAUGUACAGCGGCCCCUCGUCGGCACGGGUGCCUCUCCUCAUCUUCCUCGCAGCAGCACUGCUGUUGAUCUUUGGGGCCCUCCACCAGACUGGCGCCGUUCCCGAAUCUGUCAAGACAGCAUGGGUCACCAAGUUCGCGCGCCAGCCGUCCUUCCUCGAGAUUGCGACCAAGCACGGCACCGACAAAGUGACGGAUCACCAGUACCAGUACAUGUACGAGAAGCAUCUGUCUCCGAUACGGAACCAGAAGAAGCUCAAGAUGCUUGAGAUUGGGCUCGGGUGCAACAUGAACUAUGGCCCAGGAGCGUCGUACUAUACGUGGCUAGAAUACUUUCCGCACGUCGAUCUGUACUACCUCGAGUACGACGCGGCCUGCGCCCAGAAGUGGGGAGCAAAGACGAGCGGCGCAACCAUCUACACUGGCGACCAGGCGGACCCGGACGUGCUGAGCGAGGUGAUCAGCAAGAGCGGCGGCGAGUUCGACAUCAUUGUCGACGACGGCGGGCACACGAUGAAGCAGCAGCAGACUUCGCUCGAGCACCUCUGGAAAGCCGUCAAGCCCGGGGGCAUCUACUUCGUCGAGGACCUGCAGACGAGCUUCUGGACCCAGUACGGCGGCGACCCGACCGGCGGCAAGGACCCAAAGAUCCCGACCAUGCUCAAGUUCAUCUACGAGAUGAUUGACGACCGGAUGGCUCCCGACGGCGACAAGCACCUCGAGCUUACGGCCGACCUGCGCGGCGUCGAAUGCCAGCGCGAGGUCUGCGCGUUCUUCAAGAAGGGCGGAGAGGACGAGCCUGGCUCAGUUUGAUAGGGACUCGCGAGAUCCAUAGAGCUAGCAGGCCGGCCUAUUGGUCAGUGUUUGGCCUCCUUCGCGAGCCAGGCGGGGUAAGAUAUAGACGUAGCGUGGUAGUCUACCGCUCCAAUAUAUGGAUUAUUGUGCAAGAAGAAUACUGUCCCUGGGAUCGCCUGAGUCUGUAAACGGACUAUCCGCGAGA